UAAUUAACCACCUCUCAAUAAAAUAAUGUCAACUGCAGUGUAAACGAUUCGUGCUGCAAAACAGACUGUAGUAUUCUAUGUGUCUUCAAUAAAAAGAGAGAAAUGCUGCAUUCUCGUUUGCAUCGAGCGUUUUCGUUAGGUUCGUGAUCUUACGUUGUACAAUUUUUUCUGCAAGACUUGUUCCUGGCUGGAACCAACUCAAAAAUCUCAAUCUCACGAAAUCACGACAUUGGAGUCUUGUCUCGCUGCUAUCAAGAUGGUAGUGCUUCUACCGCUACCAGAUCUAGAUGUUGAAGCCCUGUCAGAAAUAUGCGGCACAACUUCUAUCGUAGCAUGGGUUGUAGUAUUCAGCCCACAGAUCCUCAAGAACUUUCGUCGGGGCUCGUCUGAUGGCUUGUCACUACAUUUUCUCGUAGUGUGGCUAUUGGGCGAUGUUUUCAACGUUGUGGGGGCAAUACUCCAGGGCACCCUCCCAACCAUGAUCACUCUUGCCAUAUACUUCACAGUGGCCGACAUAGUGUUGCUGGCUCAAUAUUUCUUCUACACGGGCUUCACGUGGAAGGAUAAUAUCCAGCCUCCCACCCCGCAGCCGACAGAGGCUGUGGAACCGGAUGAGAGAACAACAUUACUAGACGGUGACGAGAGGCAACGCCGAAACAAGAACAACAAGACCUACGCGGCUAAAGAGUCUGCAACCCGCCUUACAUCUAUUCGCUUGCAGCCUCAUCUGAGCAACACGGUCGCCGUUCUCUUGGUUUGCACUACAGGCAUCUGUAGCUGGUACCUCCUUCGCCGCUUUGCGAGCAGUGACCGCCCGGCCCCUGCUCGAGAUAUACCUCAAUUCAACACGUGGGGUCAAAUAUUUGGCUGGCUCUGCGCCGUGUUCUACUUUGGCUCGCGCUUCCCUCAAUUGAUAUUGAACUGGCGUCGCAAGUCUGUAGAUGGCCUUUCCAUACUGUUUUUUCUCUUCGCCUGCUUGGGUAAUUUCACAUAUGUCCUUUCUAUCAUCGCAUUCAACCCGGCGAGCGCUGUUUCAAACCGCUGUAGAUCCUGUGACGCGCGGAAAAUUUAUGGACGACAUAUACUGGUGAAUCUUCCGUGGCUGGUGGAUGGUCUGGGGACAUUGCUCCUUGAUACGGCAAUCUUCGCCCAAUUCUUCUUGUACGGCGAAUCCAAGUCCGUUGAUACUGAAGUCUAGAAUCAGACAUUGGUGUGUCGGCGACAAAUAUGGGUACACUCUUACGUACUUCUGUAGGCUGUCGUAGCUAGAUAGGGCGCCUUAAACGCAAUUCCAGAGGGACUUGUACGUCCUGCGGCCCCAGCACUUGUACCCUAGAACUCAUGUGUCCCGUGGUGGUCCAGUCCGUCUGCCUGAAAUCUACAUGCAACCUGCUUCCUAGGUACUCUUUUCCACGAUUCAAAAAAUCUUCUGACGCUGCUGCUCACGAUCAAACUAAUGAUAUCCGGUGGCAAAUAAUGUGACACUUGGUUGUGAUGACCAUGAAGCGGAAAUAUCGUUCAGCCGCCAUCGGGAGCUAUGCAAGAGUUGAGAGAUUGCCAAGUUGUGAAGGGAGC